UCUACCAGCAUAGCAUAAGGUGGGAGAGUGGAGAACCCGUAUCCCUAAUCCGCCGCCACUGUGCUUACGGGCUGCUUUGUCGUUUGGCUUUUCUAACAAUGGCGGUUCCAUUAACUCAAGUUCAAACCUUUCAUUCCCAUGCUGGAUUUUCUAAGGGAAAAGCCCUGCCACUUGUCUUGAAAUCUUCUGCUUUGAUACGAAAAUCCCACGAUUUCGGAACCAAGAAACUGGUGGUCUCGGCUACAAGUAGUGACAACAAAGUUAGUAGUGAUGACUCAUUCUCUUCCAACAGGCCUACCUCUUCGUCCUUUCGAUCAGCGUAUGUAUGGAAAUUAUUCUUCGAGCAAAAAGUUAGAAGACACACAAUUUCAGUUUUUGUUGGUGACGAGAGUGGAAUGAUAAAUCGGAUUGCGGGGGUCUUUGCUAGAAGGGGAUAUAAUAUUGAGUCACUUGCUGUUGGUCUGAAUGAGGACAAGGCGCUCUUCACCAUAGUUGUAUCUGGAACUGAAAGGGUGCUACAACAAGUUGUAGAGCAGCUUCACAAGCUUGUGAAUGUUUUAAAGGUAGAAGAUCUUUCCAAAGAAUCCCAGGUAGAACGUGAGCUGAUGCUCAUAAAAGUGCAUGCUGACCCAAAACAUCGUGCUGAGAUAAAGUGGCUGGUGGACAUUUUCAGAGCUAAAAUUGUGGAUAUUUCGGAACAUUCUGUGACAAUAGAGGUUACGGGAGAUCCAGGUAAGAUGGUCGCAGUUCAAAGGAAUCUUGACAAGUUUGGAAUUAAAGAAAUAGCCAGGACGGGAAAGAUUGCUUUGAGAAGAGAGAAAAUGGGUGCAUCUGCUCCAUUUUGGCGAUAUUCAGCUGCUUCUUAUCCGGAUCUUGAAGGAAAAAUGCCUAUUGAUGCUCUUGUGGGUGUGAAAAAUAGAAAGCCUAUUGCCAAAAACGAAAUAAGCAUGGGGGGAGAUGUUUAUCCUAUAGAGCCUUCAGAUGGCUUUACAGUCAAUCAAGUCCUUGAUGCUCACUGGGGUGUUCUCAAUGAAGAAGAUACUAGUGGAAUUCGAUCACACACUUUGUCCCUGCUUGUGAAUGAUGCUCCUGGCGUUCUUAACAUUGUUACUGGGGUUUUUGCUCGAAGGGGCUAUAACAUUCAGAGUUUAGCUGUGGGACAUGCAGAAGUUGAGGGACUUUCUCGAAUUACAACUGUGGUUCCUGGCACAGAUGAAUCAAUAGCCAAGUUGGUGCAGCAACUGUACAAACUAGUAGAUCUCCAUGAGGUUCGUGAUAUCACCCACUUGCCAUUUGCUGAACGAGAAUUGAUGCUAAUAAAGAUUGCUGUAAAUGCUGCUGCCAGACGUGAUGUCCUUGAUAUUGCCAGCAUUUUUAGAGCCAAAGCUGUUGAUGUAUCUGAUCAUACAAUAACCCUUGAGCUUACAGGAGACUUGGAUAAGAUGGUUGCACUGCAGAGAUUGUUAGAGCCAUAUGGCAUCUGUGAGGUGGCACGAACUGGGCGUAUAGCACUUAUUCGUGAGUCAGGUGUGGACUCUAGGUACCUGCGUGGAUAUUCUUUUCCAUUAUAAUCCAUGUCCCUAGUUGGAGUUUCUAGGCAAGCUUACGGUCAAUGUUUGGAUAGCAUAUUUGCGUUGUCUAUCGCGUAAAUGGUUUGUUUAUUUUUCUCCGCCUCCUUUUUCCCAUCUGAGCUUUAGAUGUUGAGCCUAUGGCAAUGAUUUGCAUAUCUAAGAUUCUAGGCCUUUAAUAAUGGCACACUGUGUAAAAGAUUCCUGUGGGACCAUAUUGUUAGAGAAUUCUCAGUCAGUCGAGAAUACAUCUUUAGCUGUUGCAAAGGUGUGCCUUCUAUUUGAGAGAAUCAAAGUUGUAGCCAAAGUCACCACGUCAUCUUCAGUCAAAUGCCGUUAGGGAUAAAGAUGAGGCAAGCCUAAAGCUCUUGACAUAAAGGGAACACAUCUUCCACUUGGAGGUCAUGUUUGACGUAAUGGUGGGUGCGCUUUCUUGUGUUGCAUGCUACGAGAGUUGAGUUCUUCUACUCCUUCUGGUGUAUAAUAUGAUAUAAGACAUUUUUUAAAAAAUUUGCUUAGUUUAAAAUA